AUGGUUCCCUUUACUCUGGGGUCGAGAAAAGAAGACUGCCAGCCCACCAGCCCAGACUCCGACCAGACGCCAGCUCCUCCUCCUGGCCCCCUGCCCCAGAUGAAUGCCAGUGAUCUACAAGUGCCUGUUCUUCAAUUCCCCAAGUCUGGUGGAGGGCUGAGGAGGAGGAAGAGAGACUGGGUUAUUCCUCCACUCAGUGUUCCCGAGAAUCAGAGAGGAACCUAUCCCCGGAAAGUAGCUCAGAUCCGCUCUAAUGAAGAUAAAACAAGGAAGAUCUUUUACAGCAUCACUGGUCCAGGAGCUGAUCUGCCUCCUGUUGGUCGUUUCAAAGUGGACAGACAGACUGGCAGUCUGUAUGUAACACAACCACUCAACAGAGAGGAAACAGCCAGUUACACGUUUGAAGCACACGCUGUGGUAGAAGGAGCAGGACAAGCUGAGGCUCCUAUGGAGAUUAUAGUACAUGUGAUUGACCAGAACGACAACAAACCUUAUUUUAUGGUGGAGUACAACGCAAAUGUUGCUGAGGCCACAGCCAUCGGGACUGAUGUGGUUAGGGUUGAGGCCAAAGAUGACGAUGAGCCAGAUAAUCUCAACUCAGACAUCCGCUAUCGUAUUCUGAACCAGGACCCACCGCUGCCCAAUGACAACAUGUUUGAAAUCAACCCAGUUACUGGAAGCAUCAGAGUCACUGGUAAAGGACUGGACAGAGAGAAAUAUCCACAGUACACUCUGACAGUACAAGCAGCAGAUAUGGCGGGAGAAGGGUUAACUGGACAAACAAAAGUCACCCUCAUGGUGACGGACAGCAAUGACAACGCUCCAGUCUUCACUCAGAAAUCUUAUAAUUCAACAGUUGAUGAAAACAAAAAGGAUGUUUUGGUGGUAAAGAUGAUAGUAACAGAUGAGGAUGAACCACAAACUCCAGCCUGGAACGCCAAGUUCAAAAUCGUCAGUGGUGAUCCUAAAGGACUUUUCACAGUAAAAACAGGAACUAACAAACAGGAAGGAAUCCUUUCUACUGCAAAGGAGCUGGACUUUGAGACGGCCAGCAAGCACACUCUGUUGGUUUCAGUGGAGAAUGAGAUUCCUUUUGCUCGUGGUGUUUCUGUGGUCACUUCUACCGCCACAGCGGUGGUGGAUGUGAAGGAUGUGAAUGAAGCUCCAGUCUUUGAUCCAAAGCAGAAGCAUGUGGUAAAACCAGAGGACGUUGCUGUGGAUGAAGUUGUGGUGCAGUACACCGCUUCAGACCCAGACACUGCACGCAAGCAGAAAGUCACGUACAAAAUAAUGAGUGACCCUGCAGGCUGGCUGAAUGUGGACAAGGACACAGGCAUUAUUAAAGUGAGAAGAUCCAUGGACAGAGAGGCUACCUUUGUCACAAACAGCAGAUACAUUGCAACCAUCGGUGCAUAUGAUGAUGAUGCAGUCCCAGCUACAGGAACUGGUACUCUGAUCAUUCAGCUGGAAGAUGUCAAUGACAAUGCUCCCAUCGUUGAGCAGCAUAAAAUUAUGGUGUGCAACAAGGAUCCAGCUCCUCAGCUGCUGUCAGUAACAGAUAAAGAUGGACCAGAAUUUGGACCUCCGUACUCGGUGUCUUUACAGGGCAUGUCAGAGACAGACUGGACCGCUAGGAUGAACGACUCCAGAACAGGCAUCAUCUUGAAUUUAGCCACUGAGCUUCCCAGUAAAAAUUACAGUGUUAUUCUGAGAGUGGCAGACAAAUAUGGCUUGGAGCAGGACAGCAUCAUCAAAGCUGAAGUGUGCGACUGCAGGGGAGAAGAUGUGAUGUGUACUCAGCGUGCUACAGGUGGCAGAAACCUGCCCAUUAUUCGGGGAAUACUUGGAGGCAUUCUGCUGCUCGUGCUGGUCCUGGUUGUGCUGUUUGUAAGUCUGAGGAAAGGGGAGCAGAAGGAGCCAACAUCUAAAGACAACAUCUUCUACUAUAACAGAGAGCAAAGCAGAGAGGAUGAUCAGAACCUAAAGGCAGCAGAGGUUGCCUGCAGUGGAGAACAGGACUACGAGUGCCUCAGUGAGUGAGGUCCCCGUUUCAAGAAACUGGCCAACAUGUACGGAGGAGGAGAUGAUUAUAUGCUAUAAUCACACCACAUGGCAUGGCUGCAUGUUUAAUUUGAAAAAGCAACUUUCAGCUACAUGUUAGUGGCUUUGUUUUGGUUUUCGUCUGCACUGUGCUGUAACUGCAAUCUCAUGAGCAGUUACUAGGUAAUGCUCAGAAGCUUGGUUUUCAAAUCCCUGUUUUGAAUGCAUUAAGAUCUCUUUUACAUCCCUUUGACCUGGAGGGUAAAGACAACAAUGUUUUGUUAGUUUUCUGCUAGUUUUGUGAAUGAGUGUUGGAGCCACAGUUCGCACAUUUGAAUCUGUUCUAGGUUACUCACCCACACUUGAAACACCCUGAGGUUCGUCAGUCACAUUGAAAAUAUGUUUUUUUUUAUAUUAGCAAAGAUGUUUUGCUUUGUUCUAUAGCGUUUGUACUACUGUUAGUACUACUACUAAAAUGAUCAGUAUACAUUCGAGGUAGCUUCCUAUGCCACAUCACCCUUUGACAGUGUGCUCAACGAGUUACGAAUACAUGUUUUUUUGAAAUUGUUUCCUAGGGAUCUGUUCAAUAGAUGUCUUUGUUACAAUGCCUUGAUAAAAUGAAAUCUUCUAGAUACUUUAUUUUAA